AUGUACUCGAUCCACCCUCUCGGUAAAUGUUGGCCAGCUCUCAGUGCAUUCGGUACGCUACACGAGGUACGAAAUGCCAAUGCUCAUAGAUACCUCGUCGCACGUCGCCACUUUUACUUUUCAGGAGAAGAACUGUUCAAAGUGGUUAAAGAACUCCCUUCUUGGCGCACGGAGCUCGAGAGUAUGGUACAGGUCUUCGAGAGCUAUCUACCAGAACUUGAGGCUAACGUUAACAUGACCGUCCCUAAUGGGGUACGCAUAGGGUACGGACCGUCUGCAACCUGGCCACAGAGCGUGACAGUAACAGACACGAAGACCAAUUGGGGUGAACAACUGGCGGAAACAGAGACGCAAGGCCUAGAACAUCAGGAGGAAGCAACCGACGAGCAGGCCCAAACUUCCGACAAUCACGCCGGCCGGGGAGUACACGUCGUCGAGCAAAAAAGAGAAGAAGCUGAAGAAGGACACGAAGCGGCAGAAGAGGCACCAGGGCCUGGUUGGAAGGACCGGCUCUUUGCGCUCGCUAUGACGAGACCUUGGUUUCAGCGACAAGCCGUGUCUCUGUGCGACUUUCUUUGGGCUCAUCUGCGCCAUUUGUACGAAGAAGGAGGCAACGACGGGUACAGCGAGGCUGUUUGA